AUGGAGUCGACCUCCGGCGAGGACGCUCCGAAGCGCAACCCGCUCCCGGCCGCGCUCGUCUCCAACCUCCAGUCCGUGCUCGCCGCACGCCGCACGCCCGCGGCCGAGGUCAGCACCGCCGCCGCAGCCGGCGAGGCUGAGGCCUCGGCUCCGGAGGCGGAGGCUUCCGAUGCCCCCGCGGGAGAUGGGGCGCCGGCGAGGCCCAUCGUGCUGCUGACCUGUGCCGGGGGGAUCCGGUCGGCGGGUCUCGCGGCGCUCGUCGACGCCCUCGUUGCCGGCGGCCGCUGCGACGUCCACGUGUGUGCCCCCGAAUCGGACAAGCCAGCCUGUGGCCACUCAAUUACCAUCCGUGAAACCAUCACCGCGACAUCCGUGGAUUUCACAGGUGCUAAAGCUUUUGAGAUAUCAGGCACGCCGGUUGACUGUGUCUCAUUGGCCUUAUCUGGGAGGCUGUUUCCAUGGUCGUCUCCUGCUUUGGUGAUCAGCGGUAUCAACACAAGACCAAAUUGUGGAUAUGAGAUGUUCCACUCUUCUGCCAUUGCUGCUGCAAGGGAGGCCUUAGUGUAUGGGGUGCCUUCAAUUGCAAUCUCAUUGAAUUGGAAGAAGGAUGAAACCAAAGACAGUGACUUCAAGGAUGCAGCUCAGGCCUGUUUACCAUUGAUAAAUGCUGCCUUGGAUGACAUUGUGAAAGGAACUUUCUUCAGAGGAUGCCUACUGAAUAUUGGAGUUCCAAGUGCACCAUCUGCAAAUAAGGGUUUCAAGUUGACCAAACAGAGUGGAUACAGUCCUGCUCAAAAUUGGCAAGCUGUGUCAGCAAGCAGGCCCUCAUCUGCUACUCACUUCAUGGGCAUGCAUCAAAGCCUCGGUAUUCAGCUGGCUCAGCUUGGGAAGGAUGCAUCUGCAGCAGGAGCUGCACGCAGAGUUAGUGCUCAACGAAAGAUGGUCGAGGUUGAGUCUGUUGCAGCUGCUGGUAAACAAGAGAUUCGAGAAGUAGUGAAGAAGUUAUUCCGUGCUGAGUUUGUCGAGAAGCGACAUGAAGAUUUAGAUGAGGAUGUCGAUUUGAGAGCUUUGGAGAAUGGAUUUAUAUCUGUCACCCCUCUGAAUGUUCAUGGGCAAGUGGAGCCUGAAAUGGGACCCCCAGCUUCAGAUUGGCUCUCAGCAGCUGUAUCUCUAGACAAAGAAAAGGACGCUGCUCCAGCUGCAGCUGACCAACAAGAUGUUGCAGCUGAGGAAAAGGAAGCUCCUUUAGCAGCCUAA